AUGUGGUCCUUAAUGCUUCUAAAGCCGGAUAUUGUAGCGCAUCCAGUGCUGCUAAAGGCGACGUUGCGCGAGCUGCUUGAUGCCGGGAUUGUGAUCGCUGCGGCUAGCAAGGUCCAGUUGUCCAGAGAAAAAGCGCAAAAGCUUUACGAGACUCAUAGAGGCAAAUUUUUCUUCUAUCGAUUAGUGCGACAUGUGACAAGUGGACCUGUGGUAGCUAUGCGAGUCGAAGGCGACGUUCGCAAAAUCCUAGGCAGCAGUCAUUUUUACCCCCUCCCUACCGACGGUAAUUUCUCCACCAUUAGGCAACGAUGUGCUCUCUCUGACGUGCGGAAUGUGGCCCAUGCGUCAGAUUCGGAGGCAGCGGAACGAGAACUGGCCCUUUUUGAGCCGUUGCCCCCUUCUCAACUGUUUUUGAGCGAAACGCUCGGAUCUGCGUAUGCUGUCGAGAUUCGCUCUUAAAUAGCAACAUUUAUGCACUCUAAAAUGUUCUCAUUUAGUAUAAAAGUAUAAGCAACA